UUGAAUGUGAUUGAGAAGUGAGUGCGGACCCCGCCAGCCAGCGAGCGAGCGGGCGAGUGAGCGCAGACAGCUGCAGCGCGAUCGCUGAACCACUCCGCCGCAUUAUGCCUUCCCUUCCCCUCUCGGCAUGGAGGCUGGCACCGUGAGAGGAAAACACAACAGAAAGACCGGUAUCUUUCUCUGCUUGAUUGCGACAUUGAGCAGCGCGGUCGGCCAGAAAGGUGAUGGUUGUGGACACACUGUUCUUGGUCCGGAGAGUGGAACAUUUGCAUCGAUAAAUUAUCCACAGACAUAUCCCAAUAACACAGUUUGUGUGUGGGAGAUUCGUGUACAGCCCAACCAGAGAAUUAUUUUUAAAUUUGGAGACUUUGACAUUGAAGACUCUACCUCUUGUCACUUGAGUUACCUAAGACUUUACAAUGGGAUUGGUUCAGGCCGAAGUGAAAUUGGUAAAUACUGUGGACCUGGAAUUCAGCGAGAAAAGGUUAUAGAAUCAGAGAACAAUGAAGUCACUGUUCAGUUUAUGAGUGGGAUUCACAUCUCUGGUCGAGGGUUCCUUGUAUCAUACUCUACAUCAAAUGAAUCAGAUCUAAUUACCUGCUUAGACAAGGGGAGCCAUUUUUCAGAGCCUGAAUUCAGCAGGUACUGCCCUGCUGGAUGCUUGACUCCUUUUGGUGACAUCUCUGGAACUAUCCCUCAUGGCUAUCGUGAUUCUUCAUUGCUAUGUAUGGCUGGUGUUCAUGCUGGUGUGGUGUCGAAUUUUCUGGGUGGCCGGAUCAAUGUUGUGAUCAGUAAAGGCAUUCCAUACUAUGAAAGCACUCUUGCAAAUAAUGUCUCCUCAAAACUAGGACCAUUAUCAGCUAGUCUGUUUACAUUCAAGACCAAUGGUUGCUAUGGAACAUUGGGAAUGGAGUCUGGUGUUAUUAGAGACAACCAGAUCAAUGCAUCUUCAGUUCUGCAGUGGCACGAUCCUUCAGGACAAUUCCACGUCUGGGGGCCAGAAAAAGCACGCCUGAAAAAACCUGGCUCCCCCUGGGCUGCAUUUCACACUGAUGAAGCCCAGUGGCUACAAAUAGACUUAAAAAAGGAAAAGAAAAUAACAGGUAUAAUUACUACAGGUUCCACCCUGGGUGAAUAUGCUUUUUAUGUCUCUGCAUACCGAAUCCUCUCCCGUGAUGAAGGCGAGGAUUGGAAGGUUUAUAAAGAAGCCAACAGUGACCUGGAUAAGAUUUUCCAAGGAAAUGCUAACAAUUACCAAGAAGUUCGGAACAACUUCAUCCCACCUAUUAUGGCCCGUUACAUUCAGAUCAAUCCAGUGCAAUGGCAUCAGAAGGCAGCACUGAAAGUAGAGCUAUUGGGGUGUCAGCCAUUCCAGCCGUCUUUGGCUCGAGCUCCAGCUCAAUCUCGACCUCCUUUGCUCAGCACAGAAAUCACUCCAAAGUUUGACAAAACGACAUUUACACCAGACAUCAAGAAUAAUUCAGUGACUCCCAAAGUGUCCAAAGAUGUGGCGUUGGCGGCUGUCCUGGUGCCUGUAUUAGUCAUGGUGCUUACUGCUUUUAUACUGGUCCUUGUAUGUGGCUGGCAUUGGAGAAACAGAAAGAAACCUGUUGAGGGACCAUACAGCCUUCCUUAUUGGGAUCGAGCAGGCUGGUGGAAGGGAAUGAAGCAGUUUUUGCCCGCAAAGAGCGCUGAGCCUGAUGACACUUCCGUGCGCUACACCAGCAGUGAGAUGAACCGGCUGAGAGCCCGAAAUGGCAGCACAAUGAUCCAAACAGAACCUGCUAGAUAUGCCCAGCCACUUGUGGCAGGAGUUGCAGGAACAUUACGACAAAGGUCGACUUAACCAGAGGAAGACUCUGAAGCAGGAUACAGUGAUCCAGAUGGCAAUGGUCACUACGAUGCACCUGUGUCAGAAAUUUACCAUGCCUAUGCAGAACCCUUGCCAGCUUCAAGCCCUGAAUAUGCCACUCCAAUCAUUAUGGAAAUUUCUGCUCACCCAACAGGAACCUUGGGAUCUGUGGCCUCCUCCAUUAAAUCAGCAGUGAGCACAGGGCCUUCAUUGGUGGGUAACAUAAGCACCUCUUUACCCCAGACUGAGGGCCCUCCUUCUGAACAGAUGGGAUAUGAUACACCAAAAGGAAAAAUACUCCCAGUUUCUGCAGAGGAACAAGUAUACCAGGUACCAAAUAGUGUAUCACAGGUACCAGCAACGUUAGAUGCUGAGUGAACCUCAGAAAGGGGACGUUGUGCAGAGGGUACUUUGGUGGGAGAAGGAAGUGAGUUCAAAUGACCAUUCCCACAUUGAAAGAAAUGAUUGUCCAUAGCUAAUGGAUAGGCAUUGCUACCAUGGUGAUUGCUGAGAAACUGUUGCCUAUUACCUCUAAUGGAUGGAACAUAGAGUCUUAAGUAUUGCUGUUCUAUUGCAUGUGCCUGGAAUGUAGAAGUUGAUUCAUACUGGCUUGGUAUUUAAUGUCAUCAGAUACCAAAGGGGUUAUAUAAUACAUCACACUAAAAGACAGAAAUGAUUUUGAUUCUGUCAGACCUUCAGGUUCAGUUUGCCUCAUUUCUAAUUGAAGACUAGCUAUUGUAGCAUCUCCACUUGAGAAAGCCUUUUCAGAUUUUGAUACAAUAGAUGAAUGCUAAGUCUGAGACUUUUGGUGCUUUCCUUGAGUAUUGUGACUAGUGUCAUCUGUAAGGCUAGUUAGUGUAACACCUGUGUUUCAACUAAGAUUGGUCCAGCUUUGGUUUGACUUUCUUGAAUCUAUCACACAACAUUGACUGGUUUAAAGGUAGGUAUAUUUCCUGGUCUGAGUUUAGUUUUAUGAAGAAACUGACCUGGUGACAUAACCCUUCAGAAGACAGUCUUCCAGGUCAUUUUAUAUCAAAUGUCAAAAUGACCAUUUAUGCCCUUAUAAAAGUACAGCUGGAAAAGUAAAUUUCUACUCAUCUCUAUCCCAUUGAAAUUAAACCAAGGAAUGCAUUACAUUGCAGUGCCUUUGUCUUUUAAUGAUAAGGAAGGAUUUGUCUUAAUGUUAUAUUUUUAAUGCUAUUUAUUCUACUGGAUCAAGGGUACUUUGUUUAAAACCUUGUCCACUUUCUAGGAUGCUUACAGAACAAUUGGUGCUAGCCUCUUCUCCAUGACAGUGUUUCUCUGUUUAUUUACUGUAGGCUGAGCACUGCAGCUAGUUAAAUUAUUUCUGAUUUGUUUUGCAAACCCCUCACAUUCCUGACUGUUUUGGCCAAAGGUAAUUAUUUUUCUGUUGAGUUGAUGCAGUUACAGUGCUGCAUAUUGCUGUUUUAAUGAUUUACCCACCAUAAUGCUGCAGGCAUUGAAAAUAAGAUCUUGCUGCAAAUUAGUUGUAGUAUUGAGAGAAAGAUGGAGAUAGUAGACUGACACAAGAUGCAAAUUUCUUCCUGAAACCUUAUUCAAGUAAUUUGACUGCAUUAAUAAUGAAGGGUUGUAAUAUCAAACAUGUGGUAAAUGCUUGAAAUAAAACAAGAUAUUACAAGGACCUUCACUCCCACCUCCAUUCCUUGCAUGCCUGAGAGUCUCAUGUCCCCUUGGCAACUGAACACCAAGUAUUGACCAGAAUAGCCAUAGACUUUAGGCUGAAGCUUCAGUGAGCUUUCAGACUAUCAGCUCCUGGCACAAAGUCUCGCUGAAAAACAGGACAAAUUGGAGACCAGUAUAUCCAAUUUUCUGAAGAAAAUUGCCAAUUGAGUCAGAUUCCAUCUUGGCAGGAGUUGCCAUAAAAUCUACUGAUUUACAAUUAAUCAUUUUGUUUAUUCUCUCUCUAUCUCAUUCUUUCCCUCUCAUUACCUAAACCACAGUCAACUAUCAUUUCUCUUUGUCCCUGAGGCUGUUUGUAAAGAAAGUAAAUGAUCAUUUAAGCAUGUCACCUUUACCAAAUUUCUGUAAAUAAUAGUAAGAAAUAAGUUCCAAUCCAAAGGACAUUAAAUUACAAGUUACUGCAAUUAAUAAAAUGAUUAUCUAGUCACUAAGGUAAAGAAACAUGAGAAAAGACACUUAUUUUGCACUUCCUAUCAUUUACAAUUUGCUAAAGGUUAGUAUUGUUUCCAUUUAGCACUGGAUCCCCAUUCUAUUGUCCUGCUGGUGACAGAUCACAACAAUGUAUUUUUUUUCCACCUUAAAAUGGCAUUUGUCAUUAAAACCCCUGGUAUGAAUCAAAUCUCUACAAAGAUGUACUUCUUUUGUUGCCUUGACUUGUACUGUAGUCAGUAUAUUAUUUGUAUAUUUUGGUAGAAUUUAGAAUGUAUACAUAGAAUGGAAGAGAUUUUUUUGAUUUGAUAUGUGAUUGAAAUGUAUGUUCAUAGAUUACCAGAUGAGUAACUGACUGAUAGAAAAUUAUUGGAACCCUCAGUCUCAACUACAUUAUUUACCUGGUUGAAUCUUUCUUGUGCUCCUUUGUAAUGGCUUAAAUUCAGUCCAGACUGUAAAAUGGUGCUGGAUUGUACUGUUGCAGAAGGGUUGAGGCCAUUUGUUUUAAAAUAGAACUUGAAGUUUAUUUCUCGAUAUCUAAAUUUCACUGAAAUUUAACAUUUCCUUUUAAGAGUUCAUCAAAUGGUGCAUACAUUCAGAAUAAAUGGUGUUACAUGUGAGGUAAGAAAGACUAAAGUAUUGAUCUUCACAUCAGCCUAAUGAAUUGAUCUAAAAUAACAUUUCAGGUCACAGUCACAAUUAAUGAGAUGCAUUAAUAUAAUAAAACAAAAAUGCUGAAGAUA